UUUGGGACGGGAUUUAUCUUAAUUUUUAAUUUAGCAGUUUCACUUAGUAAACACUCGGUCGCUUCGGAUGAUUCCUUGAGUUGGAUUUUCAACAUAGAGCAAUAAUGUUCUGCAGAAACCAAACUUCCAGAGCCACUGUGGCCCGCGGAUCCGCGAUGGAGAUGGAGGUGAAGAGAGGCCGAUUCCGCAUGAGUGUGCUGGAGGAUUCCGCACAGGACUGUGAGGUUCAGAGGCAGAUCGAGAGGGAGGUGAGGAUCAGAGAAGGGACCUGUAAGCUUUUAGCUGCAUGUUCUCAGAGAGAACAGGCUCUGGAGGCUUCCAAGACUCUCCUCACAUCCAACAGCCGCAUACUGGCCCUCAUGACCCAGCUGCAGCGCAUGAAGGAAGCCCAGGCUAUGCAGAGAGCAGGACGAAGGUCAUCUGAUGGAGGGUCUGAGCGAUUGCCUUGUACUGGAAAAGUAGCCAUUUCAGAUAUUCGUAUUCCUCUCAUGUGGAAAGACUCAGAGUAUUUCAAAAACAAAGGAGAGCUGCACCAGUGUGCGGUGUUCUGUCUGCUGCAGGUGGGCACAGAGAUUCACGAUACAGAUCUCGUAAUAGUGGACAGGACGCUCACAGACAUCUGUUUCAAUGAACCAGUGAUAUUCACUGACGCACCUCCAGGCUUUGACCUGCGGGUGGAGCUCUACAGCUGCUGUGUGGAGGAGGAGUUCAGCGCGGGCUUCUCCACUCGGAGACUGAGCCGGCUGGGAAGUGCCUCCAGUAAGAAGUUCAUGGCAACUUUGGAGACAGCAGCUUCCUGUAGUUCCCAUGGCAGUAGAACCGUUUCGGGAGGAGGGAGUUCACCCGGAGGAGAAUCACCGGUUCUGUUGCCCGCUCUUUCUGUACGGGGCCCUAAAUAUCACCUCCUGGCCCAUACAUCUCUGACCCUGUGCCACGUACAGAACUCUUUCCGAACCCAUGACCUGACUAUAUCAGACACAGAGGACUCUUCGUUCUGGUUGCCUCUCUAUGGUAAUGUGUGCUGUCAGCUUGUGGCUCAGCCUCACUGUAUGACUCAAGACGUCAUGUGUGGAAAACUCAGAAUUCGGUCAGAGACCAAUCCUGAGGACUGGAGAGACGUCUACGGGGUCCUGAAUGGAUCUGUUUUGAAGUGUUACCAGCAGCAAAAUGAUACAGACUCUUUAGAGACACCAGUGUUUACUAUUCCCAUUAAUAAGGAAACUCGUGUGCGUGCCACAGAGAGAGAUCCGGCUCUACAUACUCAAAGUAUCACCAUAACCAACCAGUGUGGCGAAAAAAACACUUACACAAUUGUCACGCGCACACCUGAAGACACACAUUGCUGGAUGGAAGCCUUCUGGCAGCAUUUCUAUGACAUGAGUCAGUGGAAACAAUGCUGUGAUGAGCUCAUGAAGAUUGAGGAACCGUCUGCAAAGAAAACUGUGGUGACGUUAAAACAAGGCUCCCUGUAUCAUGAAAUGGUUAUGCCGUCAUCCACCCAGACCAGAAACCUUCUGCUGCCUCUGAACAGACCGGUUUCUUCUGAGAUCCAAAGCCUGCUGUCUACCUAUUAUAAUGACAGUUACUGAAAGGAUGGAACAGGAAUAAAGGAAAAACCUGUUUUGUGCACAGCUCAACACACCCCAAUACAGCAGAGGCCAUACAAAUCGUGCAGAUUUUAUUUUGUUGAAAUUUUAUAGGCCUGUUUAUUUGUCCAAAUUCAAAAUGCACACAUAAGUUCUUCAUAACCAGAUACCUUAUUGGCUUAAAACUGUUUGUCAUGAUCACAGAAUUAACCCUAAUAUUAGAUGACUGUACUUUAUCCCACUAGUUAUUUCGCGACUUACAAAAAUCAAUGAAUCAAUCAAUCA